AAUAUGAGACCGCUAUCGGGCGGCGACGCCCUGCCAGCCGCGAAACCGCGAUCCCGCAAGUCGAGUCUCGCCGAUCCUCCACCCAUCGCCGGCCAUGUCCCCACCGCCUUCUACAUGAAGAGUGAGGAGGAAAUGGAACAGUCGCUAGCUGCCUCCCGCUCUUCUGAGCUUACAGCAAGACAGCGCAGCAGUAAUUAUGGCGUGCAAAGCCUCGCAGACACACUGGAAGCCGCUUUCGGGCAUGAGGCUCGCUCAGACGACUCCACAAUCGAUCAUGUCCGUGCAAGUGAUGCUCAAGCAAAUGAUUCAUCUAGACAGUCCUUACCCACCUCUCCCAAGAUCUCGCGAAGAGAGACUGAGAACAGGCCGUACCCUACACGGCUGCUUAAACAGAAGCCUUCCAACAAUACUCUGUCCAAUCCGCUCACUCCUCUCCAUCCCGAUUCCUGCUCUCCAGUCCCCACGUCGGUCAUGUCUAGCACCCCUCGAUCUACGUCCGUACAAUCGCUGAAGCUAUCUGAUGAAGAGCCAGGGUCGGAUGAUGUGGCUAGUCAAGCUGUUGCAUCCAGUGAGGAGGACGAAGAUGAUGUCAUGCCAGAUAGUCUCGACAGCUUUCCUCAACUAGUAAUGCCCAGUAUCCAAAUGCCAUCGCGAAGACCAUUCACGGACAAAGGCAAAGCCAUGGGAAAACUCAAAUUGCUUGUCGCAGGUGAAGCUGGUAUUGGGAAGACUUCAUUGAUUCGAUCAAUCGUGCAAUCGUGCGACGAUAUUGUUUAUGUGGACGACCUUUCACCUUCGAGCUCAAUAAUACAACCGCCAUCAUCCCUCAAAACCUCGUCUCGUAAACAAAAGAAUGUACCUGCAGGUACUUCACGGAUCGUCGAGAUGCAUGCAAGCACCAAGCCAUAUCCUUCUUGGUGGACUGAUAUGGAGGAGUCUCGGACAUCAAAGAAACGUAAAAGUUCUACCACCGAUGCUGUGUUGGAGAGAAACAUAUGCUUUGUAGACACUCCAGGUUUCAACUUAGCCUCAAAAGUCGAUGACAUGAGCCAUGUGAUCGACUACAUCGAGUCGCAGCUGUACCAGACUACCUCUAUGACUACUUUGGACGACAAUGAUCUGGUGGGAAUUGUUGGGGGAAGCGGAGGCAUUUCUGUGGAUGCCAUUCUCUAUUUGCUGCCGCCGUCUCAUGAUAUUACACGUCAUAUUGAAUAUAUGCAGCGUAUGUCUCAGCUCACUAACGUUAUACCGAUUAUUGCCAAGUCCGAUACACUUUCGCCCACCGAACUGAUAGCGAUCAAAACUUCUAUCCUGGCUCGUUUGCAGCUCACAUCUAUCAAACCAUUUCUGUUCGGUACUGCUAUUGAUGACGCAUUGCUCACCGUACAAGGACUCCCACAAAAUGAACCAUCGCCCUCGGAUGAUGUGGAGGCGACCGAAAACAAGCAGUUCCCCUUCAGUAUUCCUACGUAUCCUUACGCCGUCUCAUCAAUACUUGGUCCCGACACUGAGACUAUGGAUGCUUCCUUGCUCAUGUCGCCCGACUAUGUGCAGCCUAUUCUUCCUUCCGAACUCACUGCUCUUGUCAGUCGAGUGUUUGACCCCGAGUCAAUCGCCUGGCUUCGAUAUGCGGCCGCAAAGAAAUUUCUUGCCUGGCGCCGCCGCACAAAGCUUCCAGAGGAAUCCUUCAUCCUACCAGACAUGCAGAAGUCCUCAAUUAAACGCGGUAGUGUUUCAAGUGGCUCUGUAGGACUGACUGGGGCAGCAAUCAACACAUCAGCAAAUUCAUCAUUGUUCUCGUCUACCUCGCCCUCGGGAGUCCUUGUCCCUCCAAUGGGAUCUCCCUUUUAUAACUCUACAUUACACUCACCGUUUCCUGCAUCACCAUCACUGUCGCACACACAGCUCGAUAAUGGUGGUCAGCCGAGUGAUUUUCAACUGGCUCGAUACCAGCAAGCUGCACACGGCGAACAGAAGUUGGCAGAAGUGCGGCUAGCAAAAUGGGCGACAGACCUCCAAAGAAGCCUACGCAAUGAACGUGAAAGAUAUGACGAUCUACAACGGACCGAAAGAGCAAAGUGGCUUCUGGAACGAGUUGGCGAAGAGGUGGCAAGCGGCAACAUUGUCGCUUCACCAGGAGGGUCACCGAGAGCGGACUGGGCUGUCACAAAACGCAGCAUUACCACGAAGACAGAAGAGUCUAGGCAGCGGUACAGGGCUAACGGACUGGAUUCACGUGAUCCUCUGGGCCUGUGCGAUUUCAGCGAUGAAGUCCGACGACGUGGGUUUGUGCUGGUCAAAGUGUUGGGUGGCAUGAGCGUGCUAGGAGCAUGUAUAGUGGCCGUCGCCAGAGCCUAUACUGGAUGGGAAUCGGGUACCCGAGAAGGUGGAAUCUGGGAUUGGCUGGUGGGCGCUGCGAGAUGA